AUGUGGCUCUUAGAGCGCGACGAUGAUGGCAACAUCGCCCUGGCGGGGCCCUUCGAGCUGGGCACGAUUCCCCCAUACGCCAUACUUUCCCACACCUGGGGCAAGGAAGAAUGCACCUUCCAGGAUCUACGCCACGGUACGGGCAGGGACAAGGUGGGCUUCGACAAGAUCAGGUUUUGCGUCCAGCAGGCGGAAAAGAUGGGACUGAAGUAUUCAUGGGUCGACACUUGCUGCAUCGACAAGACGAAUGCUGUGGAACACACCACCGCGAUCAACUCAAUGUUCCUUUGGUAUCAAAACUCGGAACGCUGCUUUGCGUACCUUUCCGAUGUUAAAAAGAUCAACGAUAACGCAGCCUUCCGCGCCAGCCGAUGGUUCAAGCGAGGUUGGACCCUUCAAGAGCUCAUUGCUCCUCGGUCCGUGGAGUUCUUUACGAUGGAGUGGUCACGGAUCGGAAGCAAGAGAGAGAAAGAGGAGAUUAUUCGCAGCAUCACGGGUAUACCGCUGGCAGCACUCCGUGGAGACUCUCUUGUGAGGUUCGGAAUCCUUGAACGGGUCGCAUGGAUGCAGGGGCGCCAAACUUUGCGCCCAGAGGAUCAAGCGUACAGUCUGUUCGGUAUCCUCGGUGUUACACUGCCCGUCAUUUAUGGGGAGUUGAAGGAAGCGGCAAUGGAUCGCCUUAUCGAAGCCGCCCGC